GUCCCCCAAGGUUAAUAAUAUGUUAAACGAUCGUUAAGGUGCCUACGUUCAAUGUGCCAUGUAGGAUAUGACGUGGCAUUAAAUGAUGAUGUGGCACUCAUCGGUGGCACUCAUCGGCAGGUAAAGCUUUCUUGCUCGUUGAAUUUUUUGUUUUCAAUUUCUGCGAUUCAAUGCCUUUACCUGUUCUAUUCAUUUCUUGUUUCUGCUGUAUUACUGGAAUCCCUGUACUGUAAUCCUUACAUCAAUCCAACCGCAGGGUUAAAGGUUGCAGUAGAGUGGUCAUGGAUCGGCUCCGUCCUUGAUCAUACAAUGGUUGAUCAUCAUGAUGUUGAGAAUGUAUCUCUACUCUGCUGCUCCAUAUAUCAUGCCCAGGAUCCAUCUGCUGUAACUGUCCAUCCAUCUAGUGUCGAGAAAAAUCUGGCUGAACGCAUACAUAAAUUCAAAGGGUGGUAUGGAGACAAGCAGAGAAAAGUGUUUCGGGUUUGGGUGGAUCAUGGAUUAUCUAUACAGAUUGGUUCAAGCACAUGGCUGGUGAAUUUCGAUAAGUGGGAGCAGUGUGGUAAUGUGCGGUGCUAUUGUGCAACCACUGGAAAGAUUAGUGCUAAGGAGGGCAAUGGUUCACAUGGGCUCACCUAGAUGCAUGUACAAUAGACGUGGUUGCAAGGAUCGAAAAUGAAAGACCUUUCAACCUGGCUUUUCUAGAUUGAUAUCAGAUGCUGUGCUUGACCUUUCCAGUUCCAAGGUGUUCUUCAGUAUUCUAUUGAAGUAAAUGUGCUAAUGAUAUUAAUAUUUCAUUUCUUAUAUAUAAAACUAUACACAGCCAUAGGAUAUAUAAUAUAUGAGAUCAUUUCCU